AACCGCUGGGUGGCGACAGACAUAAGCCACUCCCUGCACGCUCUCAGCAGAAGAAGACGGGAAUUUACGAAAAAAAGGCAUCAUUAGCUUCGCCGCGUCAGAUUAUUAGUCAAUAGCAAAAACACAGUAAAAGGACUGACAGGUGCGUUUGUUUUCAGUAUUACGAAUCGGUGCUAGUUGUAAAUAAUGCAUAUUUGUCCGUCGUUUAUACUUUAAAGCCUCUUUUGCAACGCUGAUAAUGCUGAAAAUGAAGCUACCGAUGAGAACGGGCGAGGAAGGGGGCGACGAGACGCCUGAGGACGACUCUUUGGAUCCAUCGGAGCCCCGACACGCUCCCACGACGACACCUUCCUCCCUGGUCUACGAGAGACUGCAGGAGCCCCCGGGGCCGGGUAUCCACGCAACGCAACUGGACAAAGAGACCGUUUUCGAGUGGUUCGGCCUACAUUCAAACCCCGCUAAGCGGAUCGAGUUCAUGUGCGGGCUGCUACAUAUGUGUCAACCCUUGGAACUCCGGUUUUUGGGAUCUUAUUUAGAGGAUCUUGGUAGGAAGGACUACCACGUUUUAAGAGAUUACGAGUGUCGAGCGAACACCCCGGGCGAGGUGGGGAUGCUGACAAAUGUGUUGGACCCGGUGGUGCGGUCCAAACUCUUGGUCUUCCUCUCGCUGCUCGGGUCUGACAACAGGGAAUGUGCUGGAAUACUCUCCCGGGUGCUGAGCAAUGUGGACCUGGCCCUGUUCUACAGAAACUAUGACUACUCCCUCCCUCCGUUCAGGGACCCUCUCCCGCAGGCUUUCUACCCUCCGUAUCGGGAGGGGACCGCGUUCGGGCAGCCGGAGAAGCCCUGCGAGCUCCCCGCCAGCGACACCGCGGCGGAGGCGCUGGAACAGCUGGCGCUGCUCUUCACCAUGGCCUCGCUUCACCCAGCCUUCCAUUUCCACCAAAAGGAAGUUGUCCGCGGGCUGCUGGAGAAAACCGAGCUGUUGCUGGAGGGGGAGAGGCGGCAGAGGCAGCUCAGAAUAAACGCCCAGACGCCGACGACGCCAAAGAGCCACAAUGGAGGGAUAAAAGAGCCUCAUGUGGCUCCGGAGCCUCAGGUUGCAGACCCCUGGGUGGGUCAGCAGGAGGACUACAUGCCCUCGGUGCAGGGUCUGGGAGAGUGCACAGCCUCCCACGCUGCUUGUCAGACCCGACGGCCCAGCCGGUGGGCAGCACAAAGAGAAGCAGUUCAUAUCGAAGGGAUUGUGCUCAGGAGCGUCUCCCGGACCGGAGCCGACAAGGAAUACAACUUCGAGGUGAAGUGGUCUGACUCCUCCUCCAGUCGUGUGACCAAAACCCACCAUGAACUCGAGAACUUCCUUCUUAAGCUUCCAAAGGAUCAGACCACAGAGUCUUUUGAGAAGAGCAUUCUGAGACUUCUGAACCAAGGGGACCAGUAUGAGAGCAGGGAGGUGGAGAACAACCUCAGGGAACGGUUUCUGUCGGCUCCUCCGCUCUUCAGACAGACCAGGAAGGUCUGCAGCUUCUUCACCUGUGAUUCAGCUCACUCCUCCAAACCCGCUUGUUCCAUAUGCCACUGCCAGCCAAAUAACGCCUACCAUCAAGACUGCUCGGACGCCUCCAGUCAGGAGGAAGAGUCUUACGUUCAGGGACCCAAGAAAAAGCACGGAUCCAGGAGUCCAUGUCCUCUCUUUCCCAGUGCCAAAGGCCCCACAGUGGACACUCGGAGGGGGGGCCACGCCGUGGAGGUUAACGGUCCUGCAGAAUGGAGGAAGAAGAGCUGUUCACCCCGGGGUGGCCCGGAGAAAGAGCAGCAUCGUGAGUCUGAGAAGAGAAUCCACGCCGUCGCUAAGAUGAAGAGCAGAGUCCAGCCUGCAGACAGGGAAAAGGGUGGAUCGAAGGGAAAAGGGGGCGGCUUCGUUACCGUGACUAACCUGGCAGCGGCGCGGUCCCCUCAGAGGAAAGGGGGCGUGUCUAUUCCUGACACCUGCGGCGACACGUCGUCGGAGAGCUACAGCUCCCCCUCCAGCCCCCAGCACCGCGGCGCCGAGAGCCUGGACAGCGAGGAUGACAACAACAAAGACACAGACAGCCACUCUGACGAUGGCAGGAAGGGGGGCACUGCCGCCAUGUACUUCACAGACCCGGCUGUGGUGGAGGGGGUCCGCUGUCUGUCUUCCAACAACCUGAAGCCUCAGAUGGAGACUCUCUGCUCCGACGCCGGCGCCGAGUUCCCCCCCCUGUCCUUCAUCAACCCUAUUCCCUGCGUUCUUCCCAACGGAGCCGCCGACUCAGCCAUCCCCGUGGUCUCCCCCCCGGCCCAGAACCUGGUUCCUGACGGGAAGGCCCUGGGGGGGAUGAUGGUGCAGAUGUCUUUAGGACCUCCACCUGUCCCAGGCCCGGGCGCCACCGGGGACCCCGAGAAGAGGGAGGUGCUGCCCCCCUUUGGGAUCCCCCCAUUUGGGCUCCACCCCCCGGCUAACCUGGGGGUGCAGCCGCUGGUUCAGAGGUUCAAAACCGCCCUGCCCCAGAGCCCCGCCUGCCCUGAGGGGGCGCCGGAGUCCAGCCCCGCAGGCCCACACCCGCCCCCCGUCAGAGCCAUGAGAGUCAUGUCCCCCGGGCCCACCUCCUACUCCUCCCCCCUGCUGUCCUGCCAAGACCCGGUCAACGUCAGUCCGGGGCUGGCCGCUCUGCCGCAUGUGGACUCCUCCCCCGCCAAGCACCACGGCCUGAGCCUUCCCUCGGGCAUGCCUCCCGCCUACAGCCUCCCCCUGGUGCCCAACUCUGUUCUGCCCUCCGUCGGAGCCCCCAUGGUGCCGGGGGUGGCCCCCCCUGGACCCGCCCUCACACAGAGCCCGGGCCCCGCCCGCAGCCACAGCCCCUCCCUCGUUCACAGCUCCACGCAGAGCGACGGCCCCUCCCACAGCAGCAGCAGCGCUUCCUGUGGCACCGCCCCCGCCGCCACGGGCAGCCCCCUCACCCUCCAGCAGAGCCAACCGCUGCCCCCUCAGCAGCCCACACCCCCCCAGCAGCAGCAGCCGCCAGGGGGCUGUGGAACGUGCGGCUGCCACAACAACUGCGGCAGCCGCGGCGGCGCGAGCGCCGCCUCUGGCUGCCAGGCUCCUCUGUACUUCCCCGGCCACCAGAUGGCGGCGCGCCACGUCUUCAGCGUUCCGCCGUCUCUCUUCCAGCUCACCAACCUGUGCAGCAACAGCUACCUCACCCAGCCCCCCCCAUCCCACCAGGCCAACGGCGCCGCCACCCUGCCGCCGUUUUUCACCACGGGUCCGCCCCCAGCGUCCCCCUACCUUCAGACUCACAGCCACUCGGACAUGCUUGGCAGUCAGGCGGCGGCGAUGGCGGCCGCCGCCAACUACAACCUGCAGCAGCAGCUGGCUCCAGCGGCGUCCUUCUGCCAGAGAGUCUACCAGCACAUUUACCCCAGUCCUCUGGGGAUGCUGCCCAUGGCCGCUCUGGCAGGGGGCGGAGUCAACAAGAAGAACGGCAGCGUUUCGUGCUUCAACUGCGGCGUGAGCGGCCACUACGCUCAGGACUGCAACCAGCCUUCCAUGGACUCCAGCCAGCAAGGUGGUUUCCGGCUGAAGUACCCGGGCUCCCACGUUUCAGAAGCACUUGACAACGCCGACUAAACGGAAACAUGAAGAGGAGCGGCGCCCCCGCUCAGCCGCGCCCCGCCCCCCUCCCACAGGUACGGCGCUCCCCGCGAGCGGCUCCCUGAGGCAGCUGUCCUGUCCUCCAGCAGAGCGACCUUCAAGGGCUCAGUGGACAAACCUGACAUGUGCCUGACAACUGUCUCGUUUCCAUGGGGAUGACUCGAACCCGGCAGAGUCAUGUGACUCCUGCCCCCUCUCCCUCCCCCUCCCCUUCAGCUUUGAUAUUUUUGCACUGAGGGUUGGAAAAUAUUAAAUUAUUACUUAAUUAUUAGAAAGUUAAGAGUAUUUUUGUUUUUACAUGAGACUCUAGUGUCAGUUCAAAUGUUCUUAAUACACUUCUUUCUAAAGGAGCCUAUUUAUGCUUUCGCCUCAUGAUUACUGUCAGAUUUUAUUGUCUUGUACAGCCGUUUUCAAAGAUCAAAAAUCAAAAAGAGUGAUGGAAGCAGAACAAUGUUUUUGUUUUUUCUAUUUUGCUGAAAUGAAUGUACACCUUCUCAUUAGGAAUCUGUAUUAAAGUCUUGAGCGAUGUUUGCCACUCAACAUACAGAAUGUUUGUCUGGAAGGUGAUUGCUGCUUUGUAAUAUUUGUUUUUUAAAUCUGGAUAAAUGCACUAAAGCAUAGCGUGAACUGUAACAGCGCCAGAACUAAGAUUUCUUUUCAUUUGUGCUGAAAAAAAAGCAAACUGCUGUUUGUUUUUGAUAUUCUUUAGUGCAGCCAGCUUUUUUAUUUCUCUUUUUUUAUGUGUAAUAUUUUAGACUUAAAUCAAACUACAAAUGAGAUCGACACUGCCCAGCUCCUCCUCCAGAUGGACCUUACAAAGCUGCCAUGUUUGUUGUGAAGGUCGUCUUCAGAAGGAAUCAGUUUUAUGGUGAAGAUGGUAACUGCGCCCCCUUUACUGCUUGGAUGAUUUCUCUAGAAAGUAAAACUAUUUAAGGUUUUUUCAUGUUCUGAGCUGAAGCAGCAGCUUUGGCCUCCAGCUGUGUUUGCUGGACGUCACGGUAACGUCUGGCGAUGGCGUAGCAGCAGAAAUCCCAGCACUGCUCCCACGGCAGCUUUACCACACUCACACAAAAACCCUUCGUUUUUAAGAUUUCUGGACAAACGAGAGAUACGUUUGAUGUCUGUAGAUAAACUUCUUUCGACACUUGAUCCAAGUUCAAUUUCCUGAGAAGGCCGAGUGGCAGGAAGUGUUUUAUUUGUAUGUGAUUUUUAAGGAAACAUUUCUUGUAACAAAAAAAUAAACUGUUUUUAGUUUGAAGGAACCCUUCAGUGACAUUUAUUUUGAAAUGUUUUAUUUGCAGUUCAAAGGCUUGAAAAGCAGCUUGUAAGAAGAGAAGGUGUCACAACUAUUGCUGCUAUUUUGUUUGAUUUCCUGUCCAAAAGUUCCAGUUUGUUGUAUUUGCAGUUAAUAAAAACAUUCAGAAUCUGUAAA